AUGGAAUCCCCAUUAUCCUCUUGUUCAUCAACAAGCUCCUCUGUAACAUGUUCUUCGAUGAUGUUGGCUAACGAGUCUAUGGAUCGCGAGUGGCAAAUGAUCCAUAUGGAUGAGCAAGCUAUCAAGAAUGACAUGUUAUUAAACAUUGCAAAGGUAACGUUUCUUAUUUCCAGUCGAACUGACCCUGAUAUUGACUUUGUGCCUGAAAAACUAUACAGUAGUUUGAAGUACAAGUUCAAAAUUGACGUAGAAACUUGUGGCAAUUCCUCCUUUUCAGAAAGCCAAAUCUUAUUGGCAGACAUUGAUAUUAUUGAUUCUCAAGGCAGCUCAUUAUUGGGAUCUAAGAAUGGUGAACAAUCAGGUAAGAAAAAGGAACUCCUUAAAGGAGUAACUCACCUAUCCCUUGAAGAGAAGAAGAGAAAGCCAAUAAUAGCAAAGAAGAGAUUGAAUCGUAAAGAUGAAAAAGAUCUUUCCGAUUCUGAAAUCUGUACAGGUAAGAGUAGAACAUUGAGUUGUACUUCCAAGUUUCAAUUCAGUGAAGUUGCCUACCAUCAUCAAAAGGAAUUUGUUAAUUUCAAAGUCAGUUUAUACAGUCUAGAAGGAUAUUCAGGUAAGACUCCUCUCUUGUGUAUGGUAAGUGCUGCUUUUCAGAUAUAUGGAAGAAGGACUACAGAACAAAGAGACGAAGAAGUCAGAAAAAAACGACAAUAUAUGGAAAUGAAACAACACCUCUUGUCCACAUCCAAUCAAGAAUGUGAACAACCAAUUAUGAGUUUAAAGAAAGUUAAACUCGACAAUACUUCCAAUGAUCAAGAAGAUUUACUCCAAACCUAUGAAAAGGAAUUGCAAAAUCUCCUCCAUAUAUUCAAGGCCCUUUCUCCUGAAGAGCAAUUAGAAGCAUACAAUAAGACUGUCGUUUCACUCUUAGACAUUCCACAAGAUAUUGCAAAUCAAACAGAACCUGCCUCAUCUGUAUUCAGUGAUCCAUUCGUGGAGGAGGCUUGUGAUUGCAUGUAUUGGCUCACAGAUGACAACUGUCCAAAUUGUGCCCAUCAUAAUACCAAUAAUAAUGAUCAAUUCGAUACCCUUUUUGGUAAUGAAGAAUUUUUGUCAGAAGAAGAUUUUAAACUUUCUGACUGUUGUGGCAAUUUUGCUCCUUCCAAAUCUACUGACUGUAACAAUCCACCUCAUGACUUUGAAAUUGACUUGUUCAACCAAAAUGCAUUCUCUGCUGACGAAUCUGAGCUCUGCUUUUUCUAA